UGCAUUCUCCCACAAACUUCUCCAUUUAUAGCCAAAAAGAAAUUAACCGUUCAAAUUUUCAAACCUACAACUGCAACAUAAUCUUUCUCUUUCUCUUCCCUGCUCCUCGUCCUCGUCCUCCCUCUCUCUCACACACAUACACAAGAGGACAAGGUCAGGAUCUGGGUCUGGUUCUUUCCAUUACCAUAGUCAUGAUCUUCUUUGUUAUCAGCCUUCGAUCUUUUUCUGACCUUUGCUAACAGCCACCGGAGUAUAAGCAACAAAAAGAGAGGAUUUCUAUAGUUAAAUUCUUGACCCAUUUUAGUUGUAUUGAUUCUGGGUUAGAAGUUUCUUUUUAUCAUGGCUAAGAGAUCAUUUAAACACUUUGUGGAGCAAGAACUCGGGAAAUUCCCGCAUUUUCUGAUUUAUGCUGUGCUUGAAUGGGUGUUGAUAUUUGUGCUUUUCAUCGAUGGGUUCAUUGCAUUUUUUGCCAAUGAAUUUGCUAGGUUCUUUGAAUUGAAAAUCCCUUGUUUGCUUUGCACAAGGAUUGAUCAUGUUCUUGUUCGUAGAGCCGCUGAUUUUUAUUACAAUGAUUCUAUUUGUGAAUCUCACAAGAAGGAUGUUUCAUGUUUGGCUUAUUGUCACAAUCACAAAAAGCUUUCUGAUAUAAAUAAAAUGUGUGAGAGUUGUCUUCUUUCUUUUGCUACUGAGAGAUCAUCAGAUUGUCAUACGUAUAAGUCUCUUGUUGGGAUUCUGCACAAGGACAUUGAGUUGUUUGUUGAUAAUGAUCAAGAUCACCGUUUGACUUUGUCUGCUGGAAGGAAGGAUGAGCCAGUGCAGGUUGAGAAGAGUAGCAUCCAUCGGUGUGCAUGUUGUGGCGAGCCAUUGAAGGCGAAAUCCCAACUAAAGGGAAGGGGAACAGGCUUGGCUUCACAAGGUCCCACUCCUUCACCAAGAGCACCAUUUGCAAAUUUGAGAUAUGAGGAGCAUCGCAAUAUGGACUUAUCGCACAUCCCAUACACAGAACUCAAGUACUCAGAGAAUGAAUCAGAGCUACAUGAAGUUGACGAUGGCCCAAAUGCAUCACAUCUUGGUAAGCAAUCUAGGGAAGAUGUCAAAGCUGCUUCUCUGCCAUUGCUGACUGAAGCUGAGGAUAUGCAUGAGGAUAGAACUCCUAAUUUCGGAAGAGCAAACAAGUUUUUUGGAAUUCCAUUAACAGAUUCAGCUAAUGCCAGUCCUAGAUGGGCUGCAAGGAUUUCAAGGAAAUCACCACUUGAGAAAACAGAAUUUUCUUCAGAGUCUACUGAAGGAAACCCGCCAAAUGAAUCAGAGAGUGAGUUGAUAUUGCACCAUCUUAAGGGACAGGUUAGACUUGAUCGGAAGUCGCUGAUGGCUUUGUACAUGGAAUUGGACGAAGAAAGAAGUGCUUCUGCUGUUGCAGCUAAUAAUGCAAUGGCAAUGAUAACCCGCUUGCAGGCAGAGAAGGCAGCAGUUCAAAUGGAGGCCUUGCAGUAUCAAAGAAUGAUGGAGGAACAGGCAGAGUAUGAUCAAGAAGCUCUGCAGGCAACUAAUGAUUUACUUGCCAAGAGAGAGGAAGAUAUUAGAGCUUUAGAGGCUGAAAUUGAGCAGUAUAGAGAAAAAUAUGGUAUCAUAAGGGAAGAAGGUUUUGAAGGAUCUGGAGAUGAGGUUGAUGAGGAUUAUCAAGACUUGAAUUCACAAUCUUUCUCAUCCUAUACUGAAAGAUCCGAGUAUAUCGGUCCAACCCAUAGUUCAAUUGAUGGGCGUAUUAAUGGAGACUUUGUGCCUAGCAACAAUAUGUCAUCAUGUGAUGAGAAUGGAGGAGGAACCCCAGUCAAAUUACAAACUAGGGGAAGAGCCGGUUAUCUUGGUCGGUUGAAAAACCUAAACAAGAAAGCUCACUUCUCAUCAGAUGAUGGAGUUCCUUCCUCACAAGCCAGCUCUGACAAUGUAACCCGCAUGGAUGAAGAGAUAGUACAAGACAGCAAACUGAUGAAAGAAUUAUUUCAUCUUCAUGAGCGAGUGAAGGCUCUUGAAGCAGAUGAUGAAUUCUCAAAGCAUGCUAGUCCUGCAGCCCAAAAUGAUUGUAACAGAGAAAAACUUUUGACUGAGAUAUGUGAUAAUCUUCAGAAGCUUCGUCACUUCAUCUCGUUGCCCUUUGGUGAUGAUAAUGAUGCAUGAUUCUCAUCUUAAUCAUUUUCAUGGUAAUCCCUUUUGUGAGCACGUCGAUUUCAUAGGGUUCAUAAGAAUCAAUGUGUAGAUAACACUUUGAAAAGAAAAUAUAUUCUGAAUUAGUUUUAGCCAAGGUAUGUAAUGUGUACUCGAUGAGUUUUUGAAGUACCACAUUUUGAUGAUCAAUCAAAUGAUUCUUUUUCUUUUUCCACAUACAUGUGAGCUUAUGCCAUUGAGAAUUAUUUUUUUACUACAAUUAGCUAUACAACUGUAAGCUUUCCACAUUUUGAAGCUUGAGUACGAUCAACAAAUGGUUCAAUGGACUAAUUCUUGCUUAUCUGA